CCUCCUCCUCCUGCUAUGGAUACAAGUAGUGCUUACGACGAACGUUCUUCGUACCGACGUGGCGGUGGCCAUGUGGAUCACGAUGCAUAUGACGACCGCGCUCCUACUGCAAGAAGUGCCACUUACCGUCGUCCAGAACGACAGGAAAACGAGGGUUGGAAAAUGUCAUCUAGAAGUAAUACGACAGCAGCAGCAAGUGGCGGUGGGCGUUAUGGCCAUGUGGAGAGAGCACCACCACCACCUACUACUACUACUACUACUAGACCAGCGCAUCAUGGUUAUGAUCAUGACGAUUACAGUUCAGCAACAUCUAGGAAUUAUCUAAGCGAUCGACGUGCCGGGCCACCACCAUCAUCCGCUCGAGCACGAUCCCCCGGCCGAUAUAAUGACGACAUAUCACCAUCUACUUCAUCAGAUUAUUACGGCAACCGAUACGGCUCGCCACCUCGAGACCGUGUGCGCGGUCCACGUGAUAUACCAAACCAGUUUUCUUCUUCAAAUCGCUAUGCUGAAAGAGGAGGAGGUUAUUUCUAGACAUACCAUCCCGACUUUUUCUUUCCUCCCCCCUCCUUUUUUUUUUUGUUCAGCUUAUAAAACCAAUCCCACCAUUCCACCAUUUCAUUCCAUCACAAUCACACACAAUCAAUUUAGACAUUUCUUAUCUCUGUUGCUCUUUUCUUCCAUUAAUAUCUGUACCAUACCAACCUUCAUAAUCUAUGCCGUUCCAUUAAUUGAAUAAACUGAAGAAAAAAGAAAGAAUAGCAAUAAUAAUGUGGUUAUAUCGGUCGGGUUUUCUGUAUGUGCAUAGCGGAGGGUCAUGUUGCUCCUUGAUUAUUCUGUGCAUAUACUUUACCUCUGAAUCAGCAUCUCGAUCAAGGGCUCUUCUUUUUGAGAGAAAGAUUGAUUGGGAAACCCUC